CUUGAUGAUGACGAACAGACGAUCGUGGUCAACGGGAAAACAAGGAAAAGAAAAACCCGGGCUAAAUGCGUAUUUUGGCGGGAAGCUCGAAGAGUAUGGUCAGAUGCUGGGUGCAGUCUACUUUCUAACUCGUCAUCGUCCGGGCGGUCAUCAUGUCGCUGUGCUCAUACGACCUCCUUCGCUAUCCUUAUGCAGGUCGUCGAAUACGAGAUCCCGGCAGUGCACCAAACCGCUCUGAAAUGGUUGACCUAUGUAGGAUGCAGUAUCUCCAUUUUAGCAUUAGUGCUCACCAUUUUCACCUUUACUUAUCUCGGAUCUCUUAAAUCAGAUCGUACGUUUAUUCACAAGAACCUGGUAGUGGCUCUCAUGAUUUCGGAUCUUCUGUUCAUCGCCGGAGUAGGAGAAACUAAGAUUAAGAUUGCAUGCAAAGUAAUUGCCAUCCUCCUUCAUUUCUUCUACCUAUCCGUCUUCUCCUGGAUGUUGACGGAGGGACUGCAUCUUUACAACAUGGUAGUGAGGGUCUUUGGUUCGGAGACCAGUCGCUGGAAGGUAUACUCCCUGCUGGGAUGGGGAAUCCCCGUCUUGGUGGUUGGCAUAACAACGGCGAUUGACCAUGAUGGAUACGGUUCGGAUGGAGGAUGUUGGCUAAUCGUUGAGCGUGGAUUUAUCUGGGCUUUUGUUGGUCCAGCCGUAGGAAUCAUCGUGGUUAAUAUGGCUGUCAUGUGUAUGGUGGUCAAAAUCAUCAUUCAAGCGACGAAUGUAAAAGCUGGGAGCAGCAAAGAACAAGCAAAGGCUGGGGUCAAAGGCGCCAUUUUCCUCCUCCCACUACUUGGGUUAACCUGGGCCUUUGGAUUGAUGGCCAUCAACUCGGACACCGUUAUCUUUCAGUAUCUCUUCACCAUCUUCAACUCACUCCAAGGAUUUUUCGUUUUCUUUUUCCACUGUCUUAUGAAUUCAGAGGUUCGACAGGCUUGGCGUCUAAAGCGAAAACAGAUUAUGCUUUCGAGAGGCGAAUUCAUCGAUUCUAACGCCAUCUCUGCUCAUCUCGGGCUCAAUGCUACAGGCUCUUCAGGACAAUGUGACCUCAACUGUGUGGAUUACGUGAUUGACCCGGAAGAUAUUCGCACGUCUAACCUGAGUAAUACCCAAGGAAGUUCUCGCCGUGACAAAGAGAAAACUUCUCGAAGUAAUGUACAGGACAUUAAGUUGACAGGAGCCAGUGACCCAUCUCGCGGUCCCGUGACACGCCCCAGGAAGCGCCGCCCACAACCGGUUCUCCGAUGUGAAACCCCGAUUGAAGAGAGCAUCCCAGGUGCCAUCUUGGAGGACACUGAUGUGAUGGAAGAGGUGAGAGUUACACAUCGUAUCAUCGAGAACGAUGAUUGGACAGUGGAAGAGAAGCGUCACGUGACUCGUAAGAUGAUGAAGAAGAAGCCCUCGACCAACCAAUCAGAACCGAGAGAUGGUGUCUCGCACGGCAACGACGCGUCAGCUGACUACACCGGCCCCGCCCAACCUGCUUACGCCACAAGGAAAGGCCCACAAUAUCCGGCUCCAGGGCAAUCUGAUGGAAAUGAGGCAUUGGUACGCACACCGCCAACAAACGACAACAAGGAUGAACCGUCCAACGGAAGCAUAGAUCUCGCAAUCAAGAACGCCCUCUUUAAUGGAGCGGGUUACACCCAAUAUUCCAAGGGGAACGGAAAGGGAAAGCUGCCUGUGGCAAAAGGAGCGAAUUCUAGGGUAGACCUGCCCGAUCUACCUGGAUCUAGCCGGAUGGACCACCCCUCGCCUACAUCCUCCAACGCAGAGGGAGAUUCCGAUGACGGUGCAGAUUUUUAAUCUGAAUCCAUUGAGGUUACGUCAUCAGUCAUCGACUAAUAAAUAUUUACGGAAAACAUCCCCGAAAUUC